CCCACCUGCAAUCAUCCGUCCGUGUCCGCUGAAACGUGCCCGGGGAAGCCUGCGCGAAUGAGAGGCCGCGACUCGCCGGUCAGGGACAGUUCAGCAGAGUAGCCAGCAGCGGGGCUCGUCGAUGCGUCUAGAGCGAGGGGCUGUGGGACUACACUAUCGGCGGGUCGUUCUUCAAACACAUCGUGACGGCAACUCGGCGGGGAACGAGCGCUGAACUGCCAACCUUUGCUGCAACCCUCAGCACGCCUCGCGAUGCCGUCAGCCCAACCGAAAAAUCCGUAUACCUUUCUCGAGCGUUCCUUCAACGACGCGCCAGUGUUCAAGGCCCCCCGGAACCCGUCGUACAGAAGGGACGAAAUCCACGACUUCUUCCCCGCGUUGGCGCCGCUUAGACCAGGCUCCUACGCCUACGACGACGCCUCGACCGAAACCAGCGACGAAGACUCGACUUUCCUAGUGUCACCGCCCGUAAUCAAUGGACACAUUUUCGGUCUGCCCCCAACACCACCAUCCGCCCUACAAGACCGUGACCGUCGACCACGCUCCAGCACGCAGGAACACGCCGGCGUCGUUCCCUCGCUGCUGUCAAGGAAGUCAUCGAUCAAGACACCCCUCAGCCAGAGGAGCCCGCCUACCCCGGAUCCGAGCCCGCCGCGGACAGCCGAACACCUGACGAUGCCUUCCGCUCAACUUCAGCUGAAUCCCUCGUCGCGCUCCGACUCUUUUACCACUGCGAAAAGCUUCCAGGAAUCUGAGGAGGAAAACGGCCAGCCACGCUUCUCGUAUUCCGACGCUUCCGCUCCCCUUUCUAGACCGCCGGCCGGUCCUGCUGUACAAAUGAAGGACAAAAAACUGCUGGAUAUGGAGGGCGAUGAUGAUGACAUGACGCCGACAGAACGCAAUCCUUCCGGCCGGCCCGAUCGCGCGGCGACCCACCGUGAUGGGUCUCGGGAUGCGAGGAGAGACAGUCGAGAUUGGGAGCCGGACCACGGGUGGGACUCUAAUCUCUCGAGGAAUGCGACGGUACGACGGGGCCGGGCUCCAAAAACACCUUCCGGGCAGACAUCUCCGGACGGAGGCGCAUCACCGCUAUCCGUCAUGAAGAGAGGCGCCAUCUUGCGCGAAAGAUCGGAGAACAGCAAAAGAGUACCAACCGACCCUGCGCUCGAGAAGUUUGCCAACGAUAUUGGCUGGCCCAAUGAAGUCAACAGAGCCCUCCACAAGCACCUGCUCGAUACGGAGUCUAGACGCUUUUCCAUCGCAUCUAAUACAUCAACAGUGGUGGAGGCUGUGGUGGUCUCAACUCCCCCACAGCACAAAAGGACGCUUCGCCACGCUGGAAAGAAUCUGGCAUUACGCUCAAGCAGCGAGUCCCGGUCUAACCGCAACUCUCAGUCCCUGGAAGAUGGCCCAUCGCAUCGUCUGGUACACAAGCGAUCCCGUAUACCGGAUAAAAGGAAUCGCGACAGCAUUGGAUCCGACCACGCCCCCAAUGUCAGCGCAACGUCUUCGCCGGUCUCGACCAGAAAACGUCAAAAUAGUGUUCCGGUACUUGUGAUCCCUGCACCAGAAGGCCUCAAGCCUGCUCUGGCACCUAGGAACCAUGUUAGAUUUCAGUUGCUUACAGAUCAAAUACAGUCACAGUUGCGUACUUCGGCCACUCCCGAUGAAGACCUCGGAUACUUUGAUGUCCCGAAACGAGCCCCGAGAAAGAAAUCGGCCGACAAGUCAUCUUCGCCUUCCAAGAGCAAAAGACGGGAGCAACCACCGCCUACGUCAGAUGAGACUAAGCGCAGAAGCUUCACAGCGCCGUCUGGAGUCACCGGCGGCAGCGACAGAAUCACUUUGGAAUACUCACCGAAGGGUCCAAAGAGAGAGAGCUUCCGCCGGAGUGCGGCAAACAAGCCUGGGGUCCGCAGCAAGGAGUCUCUACUUUCUACCCCAGAUGAGCGGGAAACAUCCAAGCCACUGCCGCCUGUUCCCACUGACGACGUACCAGCGCAGCCGACGAAAUCAGACCCAGCGUCUGAGGAACGUCCGAGGACUAGUCCACAAACACAGUCGGAACAAGACAAGUUGACUAAGCGCGCGGAACAAGUACCACAAGAGCGACCUGUCAGCAGCCCGCAAGAACGGACAAGCCCGGAGGAAAGGCCUCACCGGAUGGACCAAGAUCCUCACCAGAGCCGUCCGGCCGAUUCUUCCAAAGCACAACGGAGCCCUGAUCGGACCUCCGAACGGACUGAGGAGAUUGUUCGGCCUGGCAUUGACAGAGCUUUAAGCAAUCGAAGCCGUCGCAGAAGUCUCGAUUCUACAGGGUUUUCUCCGUUAUAUACUGGUCGGACGAGCUUCGAUCGCUCCACCAUCCGCACAGACGACCACUCUAUGGUCCGGCACCACUGGACGCAGACACCCUUUUCGCAGAUGUCUGAUACCGGCGACCCGCUCGAGGUCAGCGAAGCUACUGCCGUCAGCAUCUACCCGCACAACAACCACUCUCUGCUCGUAGUCCAGCAGGUUGCCCGCGCUGGAACCGUUUCCCACAGGCGCGCCGCCUCUUCACCGGAGUCAGCCCUGCCGCCGAAGCAACCACAGGACCGUCCAGCAACUCCUCCAAUCCUAACCAUUGGACCGCCGGCGCCGCCUGAGCAUGUCAUUGCCAAUAUUCCCACGGUCACCUCCCCGUUGAAAAACCCGCGCAAACCGCCUGAGCCACCUGCAUUCAAGAUCAUUCCGCCAACCCCGGCUGAGGAAAUUGAGCGUGAACUCGCCGGCCCGUCUGCACCUCAAAAACACGAAAACCGGGGACCGCCUCCGACGCGCCGGCAAAACCUUGUCCAACGUGCUCGGCGCUAUUCCGACACAAUUAUCCAGCCGAUCCUUCGCAACACAAGUAUUCGACGCAACAUCAACCCGCCGAACCCUGAUCCUCAGCGUGUGCCCAGUGUUAGUUCGGAAAAGCAGAAGGCGGACGAGAACAACCUACACCCUUUUUGGAAGCCACGUGGUUUCUGGGACGACUUCAGUGGGUCGGAUAGUGAGGAUGAUCUUGCCGUCAGCGGCGCCCCGACGUCGGGCACACGCUCCGGCAACACGAGCAAUAUAGACGAGCAGUACCGCGACCUCGAGCGCGCAAAGGCGGUCGAGCGCCAGCGGCGCAAGAUCGGCGCCCUGGGCCGCCGCAUCACGACGGGCUUCAAGGGCUCGGGCGGCUUCCUCAUCGGCAACAGCCUGGGCGUCGAGCGCCACGGCACCAACAACCGCCGCCACCACGUCGAUGCGCCAUCCGGCUCGACCUCGUCGAAGGCGGCGCCUGCGCCGCGCAUGCGUGGCGGUGGUGUCGGUGGCGUCAGACGCAGACCCUCGAAGGGCUCGCUCCGCAGCGGUGCCAGCGCCGGCAGCGCAACCGCGACGUCGCUGGCUUCGGCUUCGGGCUCGGGUGCGGGCGCUGCCUCUGGCGCCGGCAGACGCAGCCCGCCGUUUGCGUCGCCGGCGCAGGCGCGCGCCCGCAAGAACCGCCGCCGCGAACUCGGCGGCAACUUUUCAAGCAGCAGCCUCUUGGGCGAGGGGGCGGGGGCGGGAGCGGGGUCGAUGGCGUCGUCGACGCGGCUGCGCUCGCCGCCUGAGGGGGCUAAGGGCGGCGCCGUUGUUGCUUCUUCUUCUUCUCCUUCUUCUGUCGCCCCUGGCGCCGCUACCGCGGCGGCGCGCGCCCGCGGCCGCGAAGUCCGCAUCCCGCGGCUGUUGGGCAAGGGCGGGAAAGGCUGGAGCGUCGAGUAUGUGGGCUUGAGCGGGUUGAGGGAUAAGUUUGCGGAGAGGAAGGCGGAGAAGCGGCGGCAGGAGUUGAGGGGCAUGAUUGGCUCGCGGUUUUAUUGGGAGGGGGAGGCGGGGAGGGUCGCGUAGUUGGGGGAGGGUUUAUUCUUUUCUUGCAUCUUUACGUCUUCUUCUUCUCUGCUUCGGCUCUUUUUAGUCGCGCUUCUUUUUUUUUUUGUUUUGUUUUUCAGGGGGCUGCUAAAGCAACAGCAGUAGCGUCUUUUGAUUGGGUGGGUGGUUACUUGGCUUUACGAUU